AUGGAAAGUACAUGUUCUGAAAGAUUUUUAUCUGCAUCGUCAGAUGAAACUGAACGCUACCUAUAUCCAAAGCGAAUUAAAAUAGAAAGUAAUCAAAAAAGCAUAGAGAAAGAGGAGUGGGAGCAGCAAAAGCUAGAACAAAGCGUACACCGUGUGAACAGGUACCAAACAUCACCACAUGAACCUAUACAUUUAUCAGAAAGACAAAACAACUGGGCAUUAGAAACGCAAAGUUGUGAUGCAGCAAGAAAAACUUCGAGAGAGUUUUUCCAUUUUCAGAGUUGUAGUAAUGAAAAAUUACCAUGUAGAGUAUCAGAAAAUAAACUGUCCACCAAAAAAUGGAAUCCUGAAAAUGAAAGCCAAAAUACUAAAGAAGAUGACAUUUCAUUAAAUGCACAUGGACAGCUUCUUGAAGCAGAGUUGCUCAAUGUGUGGAGUGCUGCUAACAUAUGUAAAAAUCUACAGGUAUUAAAUCCACCCCAAGUGCAGCAGAACAACAAUAUAGAACAAAAUGAUAAAAGAAGUGUUGAUAAUGAACUCAGACAAAAUUCUUCAGUUACACCCUUAAAAAGAGACUCGUUUCAGAUGGAAUAUUUAAGUCAUAAGUCUAUCUCUGAUAAAAAAUGGAAACAAUACCAGCUUUUGCAAAUUCCAUUUUUACGUGGUACCAGUUCUGUGUUUUCACACAUAGAACAUGAGAAAGAUAAUUUUAUGAAAAAAGUAUGUUCUACAGAAGAUAAUUUCAGUAGCAAUAAUGAAACUACUGCAGAAAGAGACAAUAAAGAAAAAAAUAAUUCAUCAUCUAUAAUUCCAACAUUAAAACCUUUUAAAAGUAUACAACAGCUGAAAAUCCCUAAUUUUCAACUUCCUAGCAUUUCAAAUAAAAUAAAUAGUAAAAUGACAUCAACUAACUUGGAGGAGAUGGAUUGGAAGAAUUUUAAAGGCCAGACAUCUUUGAUGCAAUCUAAACAGUUACAUGGUGUGCAAAAAAUGUCUGAGGUAGAGAAACAAAAAUUGCAAAAUGAUAAAAGCAGUGUAAAAGCUUCAACUGUUGGUACUGAAUUUAAAGAAAAGAAUUACCCAUCUAUUAGCAAAGAAGAGCACAGUGCUUUGGCAGAAGGAGGAAAAGUAUCUGUAACUUAUUUCAGAGACAACAGCACUGACAUUGAAUGUAAUCAAAUAUUUGCUGAAAAUUGUUUCAAAGAUAAAGUGCUGGAGAAUUCAGAUGGUGAUGAUGACCAGAAGUCAACGAUUCACAUUUACAUUAGUGCUAAAAACAUUCAGAAUGAGAAAUGUGUCAGCUGUAAUGAUCUUUUGAAGAGAAUGGGGAGGAAGAGCAGUAAUGAGAAAGCAGGAACAUUUCAUAUACAGACAAGUAUUCCAGUAAUAACAGAAACAUUAGAGAAAAAUAAUUGUAUAGAUGCUGAUAGAAGAGAAUGUGUGAGGUCAAAAGAGUUGCAAACAAAUUCUCAUAAUUUUCUUUCUAAAAAAUAUUUUUCUAUUUUUGACACAUAUGAAAAAAUUCCCCUUACUACUGAUUCUGAAGACUUUGACCAGAUCCCAGUUGUAAUCCAAGACAAUUCUGUCAAAAAAAAGUUGUCUGAAGAAAAUGCAGUCACCAGUUCAAAAGAGGUUCCUAAUUUGCCUGCUAAAUCAAAUGAUGCCUUAAUUCUACCUGAGCAGUCAAAAACAACUAUGGAAAAAUGUAGCAGCUCUUUUGUCAAUAAAGACAAAGUAGUAAGUGAAGAUGGACACUGCAGGAGUUCCUCAAGUGCAGACAAACAAAAACAAAGUGAAAAAAUUCAUGCCACUAUACAAUACCCAUCCACAGGAAGUCCUGCCAUGCCAGAUACAUACUUGCAAUUACAGGCUAAAGAAACAGUACAGUUUUCUUUACAAGGGCAUACACAGACAAACAAGGCAGCCAAUUUAGAGCCAGCAACUUUGAAACAUAAUCUUGAAUAUGUAAAAGAACAGGAAGAGAUAUAUGAUGAACAAAUGCAUGUAACUAAUGAAAGUCAAUGUGAGACUGUAAUGAAUGACUUGAUUAUGUCAUAUUCAGAAGAUGAAUCUAAAACAUUCAUUGCUGCAGAAGAGGAAUUAAAAAUGCAUUUAACCGUAAUGAACAAUGGAUGUCUUGAAGAUGUAAAAGAUAAGUAUUUACCUUUAGAAAAUAAAAUCACAUAUGAAUUUGAACUGAAGAGAAGAUUUGAUUUAGUGCUAGAAGAGCUACAUAUGUUUCAUGAAAUUAGCAAGGGAAAUGAAAACAAUUUAUCUAGUUUGGAAACAAACUCACACAACAAUUAUUGUGAAUUAAAUAAUUCUGAGGGUCUAGAUGAAAAUGUGACAAGUGUUCCUCAAAAGAAACUAUGUAUUUCUUCUCCAAUCUCUGGUACUAUAGAAGGCCAAAACAUAACUGACAGUAGUGGAAGUUCAUUAAACAAAAAGAUAUCAAAUGAAAAUGAAGACCAAAAAGUAUCUAAGGAAUAUUGUAUUUCAAGACUGUCAAGUGAAGAAUUGCUGCAUUUAGCUAUUGCAGAAGGCCAUUUUGAUGCAGCUUAUAAAAAGCCAUACACAUGGGACCCAGCUUUUUUAUCCUGCACACUUCUUAAGGAACAAAACUAUAAUUUACAGAAAGAGGGAGGAUACUUUCUGUCACAUGAAGUUAUAAGAGUACAGCCUCUUAAAACAUGCAAGGGCCCCAUCAGGAUUGGGCUGUCAAGAAAAGCUCGACCCAAACAGCUUCAUCCUUAUCUGAAAUGA